AUGUCUUCUGCCCUAUUAACAUGUGUCUACAGGGUGGCAAGCAACUGCGGCACUGGAGCCGAGCGUUCGCGAAACGAGCCGAUGCAGCAGACGACCCACAAAACGGCAUAUUCGGCGAAUAGCGGUCUGAUACUAGUAGCCUAUGUGGUCUAUUGUGACAACACCAUCAGAAAUAUGAUGAAUCCAGGAAAGAGAUACACAUGUUCAGAGGGUGGAGAAAGCUACAGCUAUAACAAGACCCUGAAGACACAUGUAUCACAGUUCAACCAUGAGCGCAAUGUAAUGUGCCACGAUAGAAAGGAAUGUGGAUUGGAAAAUAGUUUUAUGAAAGUGAAAUGCCCAUUGUGCGAUAUUUCAGUUCUUUCGAAGAAAAACUAUUGUGAUCACUUGUCAAUGAAACGUGCUGUGUCGAUAGCACCUGAAGAAACUGACUUUGCAUCUUUCCAGGAAUUCUGUGAGUGGAAGAAGCAGACUGAGAGAAAAACGUUGUCACUUUACGUCAAAAAAUGUGGGUCGUAUCGUACUUCCGACAAUGUCACUCGGCAUUCCUUUGUAUGCUAUCGUUCAGGACAGUAUGUAUCUAAGAGUAAAGGUAUUCGCCGUAUGAAAAUCCAAGGCAUUAACAAAAUAGGAGGUGUAUGUCCUUCCAGCAUUGAAGUAACCGAAGCUGGGGAUGGUAGCUGCAAAGUAAAAUACGUGGUUACUCAUGUGGGUCAUCAAAAUGGUGUUAGACAUUUAGAUUUGACGGAAGAAGAAAGAAACAAGUUAGCUGUUGACAUGGCAAACAAGGUACCAUUGCAAGCGAUACUCGACAAAGUAGUUGACACUUUAUCUGAUUCCAUGCUAGAGCAUAUCUAUCUACUGACAGAAAAAUAUUUAUACAAAAUUGAGCAGUGUAAUAAUUUACGUUCCGAGGUCAUGAGACAGAAAGACGAUGGCAUUAGCGUAGAAACGUGGGUAAACGAAAUCAAUGCGAGCGAUAAUCCCUGUGUUUUAUUCUACAAACUACAAGAUACAAGCAGCCAAAGUCAUCCUCUCCUGAGUAGUCAAGACAUUGUCCUCAUCAUUAUGAACAAUGCUCCAUGUGAAAUUCUGAAGAAGCAUGGCAGUGACUGUAUUUCCAUCGAUGGAACUCAUGGAACUAACGGUUAUAGUUUCGAGUUAAUUACACUUCUUGUGCUUGACGACUUGAGACAAGGUUUUCCUUGUGCUUUUCGUAUCUCAAACAGGUCUGAUCAAGAUGUGCUGUCAUUAUUUUUAAUUAAAUAA